ACCACUUCGUCAAUAUUCUCUCUCAUUUCUUGUUUCCCUUUGCUUUACUCUAUUCAUUUACCUCUAUCGCCAGCUUUCUGUUUCGACUUUUUUUUUUAUCUAUUUUUUUUCUUUUUUGCUUUUAUAACGCCAGAGGAUAUGAAUUUUUCAAUAAACGGUCAGUCUCAGGUCCCUCCAGGUUUUAGAUUCCAUCCCACUGAAGAAGAGCUUCUUCACUACUACCUCAGGAAGAAGGUGGCCUAUGAGAAGAUAGAUCUCGAUGUCAUUCGUGAGGUUGAUCUUAACAAGCUUGAGCCUUGGGAUAUUCAAGAGAAGUGCAAAAUAGGAUCCACACCACAGAACGAUUGGUACUUCUUUAGUCACAAGGACAAGAAAUACCCAACUGGGACUAGAACUAACCGAGCAACGGCAGCCGGCUUCUGGAAAGCCACUGGCCGUGAUAAGAUCAUCUACAGUGGCUUCAGAAGAAUUGGUUUGAGGAAGACUCUAGUGUUUUACAAGGGACGAGCUCCACGUGGACAAAAAUCUGAUUGGAUCAUGCAUGAGUAUAGGCUAGAUGAUAGCUCUCAUGAGACCACUGAUUCGAAUCCAAUAGGAGAAGCAAUCCCUGAGGAGGGUUGGGUGGUUUGCCGUGUAUUUAGAAAGAAGAACUAUCACAAAACCCUAGGGAGUCCUAAAGGUUCAUCAAGCUCAAUGGACUCAAAGACCCAGAUUCUUAGUUCUGGCAACGAUGGGGUGCUUGAUCAACUACUUCUCUAUAUGGGAAAGACUUGCAAGUUGGAGAGUGAAUCAUUAAGCCACAUGAAUCAAUCCAACAUCAGCCGCUAUAUGAGCGUCAGAUUUCUCUCAUCUAACAACUCAGGCAUCAGUGAAGGUGCUCAUGAAAGUUAUAUGCAUCUUCCAAGGCUAGAUAGCCCAACCCUUCCUUCGCUUACAGUCAGUAGUCCCUCCUUCGAUCAGGAGAGCAAUUUCAAAUCUUGUUAUCAACCGUAUGAUGAGAUGUUCACAGAGAAUAACGAACUUUCCUCCACCACCAACCACCACCACCACCACCGCCAAGACAAGGGCUUCAUGACCUCAAUUCAAGAAAACAACAAAUCCGGGCUUAAUGACUGGGCUACCUUCGAUCGACUGGUGGCAUCACAGCUAGAUGGUCAUGCAGUAGAGACAUCGAAGCAACUAUCCUGCUUUAGUGACCCAAAUGGUAGUUUUGGUCUGUCUCCUGAUGAUGGCAUGCAAUUAUCACACCUCCAUGUGCACUCCGAUAGAUCAAAUCAAGCAAAUUCUCAGGUCUACAGUAGCGAAAAUGAUCUAUGGAGCUUCACUAAUUCAUCUUCCCCAUCAUCAUCGAACCCAUUAUGCCACUUGUCGGUAUAACACAAGUGUCUAAAUAUACCAUAACAACGUUAGAAUCUCCAAAAGUCCUUUCAGGUAUACGUUAUAUCAUAUAUAGAUACAUUGUCUUUCUCCAUAUAUAUCACAUGCAUCGAAUAAUAAACAAUAAAAAUAAUAAAGUGGUAUUUGAGAUAGGUUGGCUUUGUCAAAGAUUAUCAUGUAUUAUUUUCCUUAUUAAUGACGAUUUCGUCAUGCAAAAAUUUUUAUCAG